UUGGAAACAUUCACAUCACUCAAACGUCAAAUAAAAAAUUUUGGAGAAGAUGUCAAAAUUCCAGUAACUCAUGUCACAAAUACAAAUUACUCCAAACCCCGGCGAUCCCCCAGACCAAGACGACGAAAGUUGGGUGGAUCUGCUCCAAAACCUGACCACUUUUAUAACAGCUUCAGCCAGUUUGGUCAACAGCCUGAAACACACAAUCGAAGUGGCAAAACUGCAACCAGCCCAAGAAAUCCAAGAGGAAAUAGCGAAAGUCGAAGCCAAAACCUCCACUUUGCAGCAAAGUACUUCAAAAACAUCUACACCUAAACCGUCCACUUCCAAGCUAGCAGUUGGAAGCACUUCCAAGACGUCCACACCUCUAACUCCUAAAACAUCGGAUGCUGCUGUUGUGGCCAAGACGUCGAGUUUGUGUGUUUGUAAACCAAAAUCUAAAGGUUCCGUAAAAAAUAAUCCUGCAAAGGCUGAGUCAUUUGCAAAAGAAAAAUCUGUAAAGCUUAAUAAGUUGAAAGAGGAUUGUAAAUUGGCUCAGAAAAAUUUGGCAGAUAUUCAAGAGCAGGUGCGACAGCUGGAAAGGCUGUAUCAGGAUUAUGAGUCCAUGAAUACGCCUGAAGGACAAGUAAAUCCUGCGGCACUUUAUAAGCAAAUCAUGAAACCACAGACUGUUCCCUACGUCCCAGUUCCUAAGACGUCCAGAAGACCUCCUGGUCCGGAGUCUUGCGAUUGUUUCGUCUCUUACAAAAACAAAUCGUUUUACCAGAAACCUAAGGACAAGGUGGCUGUUUUGUCGACUAUUCCAUACCAUCAACCUUAUUAUUAAGAUGUAAAUUAUGUUAUUAUUGAAAACAUUAUCUUUUUCCAUA